AUGCAGACUAUCUACAGCAAUAACCAGCGAGCGCAUCUCCGGAAGGCUCACCCGUUCAAAGCUGUCACGGAGCGCCCUGUCUUUGACCAGAAAACAGACGAACCGUUACCGCGGGUGGUCAACGCGUUUCUACACACAGGGGACUCCUCCACCUUAAAGCUCGUGAACUGCUCGCAUAGGUAUGAGCUCGGCGCGCACUCCACCAGGUCCACGCACGAGUCCAUGCACACAGUUUUGGACACGGUGAUGCACGCGACCAACUUCUUGAACAUGGUCUUGCAGACCAACAGGUCGCGAGAGCAAAGUCUCGGCCAAGACACGGAGUGGUAUUUUGCUUUGAUAAGGAGCGUACUGGAGGGAGACUCAAAGAUUCACCGAGCCGUGGUUACGUUCAAUACCGACUCCACAGACCCUGGGCCCGCAGUCUUCCUGCAGGCGACGAGGGAGGACGGUGAAAUAGUCCUCAAGGAUCUCUCAGGCUCCGCAGAACAUCUCGAGAGAAACAAAACGUCUGAAACCCAAUGGUUUCAUGGCGUUAAAACCAAUAAGAAGAGACACUUCCACAAACGGAUUCUGACUCAAGAUAUCGAGUCGCUGGACGCCUCUGUCCGCAGGGGCGAGAGUUUUGUUUCAGACAGAUCUCAUAUCAAAUGGUCGGCGCCCUACCUGGAGUGCCAGAACGGUAAUUUUAUUCCGCGAUGGCUCUUGACCCUAUCAACGGGGUUCUACGGGUUCAGGGAACACUCGACCCUCGACUUCAGGGGAGCGGUGAGAGUGGACGUGAGCCUGCAGGGAGUGGACAUCAACCAGUGCUCCAGCGAGGGAUGGUUCGCAGGAACCCACCGAUGCAACCAGACCAGCAUGGAGUGUCGGCCCAUCCCUGGCCAUGGAUUCGUGUUGGACAAGUACAAGUGUCACUGCAAGCAGGGCUUCUACCACCCUAACCGAGUGUCCGUCAACGGCUAUGAAAGGAAUGGGCAUACAGGCACAGGUCGGGUGGGAGGGUCCUACCAUGACGAUGCCAUCUCUGAAGACUCGGCACACUGCAUGCCCUGCCAGGAAGGAUGCGCCUACUGCAAGGAUGACACGCCCUGCGUCGCCCAUGGCGACAGCUACCUGCGCCUGGCUGUCUUGUCCUUCCAGGGCUUGUGCAUGCUGGGAGAUUUCAUCAGCAUGAUACUGGUCUACCACUUCCGCAGAAACAAGAGCAUUAGGGCGUCUGGACUGGUCCUGUUGGAGGCCAUCUUGAUUGGAGCACUGCUGCUCUACUUCCCGGUGAUGAUACUCUAUUUCCACCCGGGAGUGUUCCGGUGUAUUCUGCUCAGAUGGGUGCGCCUGCUGGGCUUUGCCACGGUCUACGGCACGGUCACCCUCAAACUCUACAGGGUUCUGAAGGUGUUCCUGUCCCGCACGGCGCAGCGGAUCCCGUACAUGACGAGCUGGCGCGUGCUGCGUCUGCUGGGGAUCAUCCUGCUGGUGGUGUGCUGGUUCCUGGUGGCCUGGACCGCCGCCGUCUGCCAGAACCUGGACCGCAGGCUGCCCCUCAUCGCCGUGGGCUACACCCCCGAGGGGCUGCAGUUCAGCAUGUGUCUGCUGGACCGCUGGGACUACAUGAUGGCCGUGGCGGAGUUCCUGUUUCUCCUGUGGGGGAUCUACCUGUGCUACGCCGUGCGGACCGUUCCCUCCGCCUUCCACGAGCCGCGCUACAUGGCCAUCGCCAUCCACAACGAGCUGAUCCUGUCCGUCAUCUUCCACGUCGUCCGGUUCACUCUUACUCACGAGCUGCAUCCGGAUUGGAUGCUUAUGUUAUUCUUCGUGCACACACACCUGACCGUGACGGUCACCUUGGGACUCCUGCUCAUCCCGAAGUUCCUGUUUGCGGGGACGCAGCUGACGGACGACAUCGCCACCGAGGCCUACGAGGACGAGCUGGACAUGGGUCGCUCGGGAUCCUACCUCAACAGCAGUAUCACGUCUGCGUGGAGCGAGCACAGCCUCGACCCCGAGGACAUACGGGAGGAGCUGAAGAAGCUGUAUUCUCAGCUGGAGGUGUACAAGAGGAAGAAGAUGCUGGCCAACAACCCUCACCUGCAGAAGAAGCGCAGUAGCAAGAAGGGUCUCGGCCGUUCCCUCAUGAGACGCAUCACCGAAAUUCCGGAGACGGUGCGUCAGUGCAGCCGUGACGACAAGGAGCACGGCAGCGGCGACCACGGCGGCAGUAACCGCAACAGCAUCUGUGCGCUCCGCAAGAACCCCUUCGACCCGUCGUCCCACGCCGCCACCAAGCCCGUCAAGGAGGAGUCGCUGCGCAGCAAGGUGUUCUCGCUGAAGAAGUCGCACAGCAGCUACGACCACGUGAGGGACCAGAGCGAGGACUCCAGUGGCCCGGCCGCCGACAAGAUGGAGGCGUCCACCACGGAGAGCUCGCUGCUCGACACCCUCAUGGGCAAGAAACUGGUCAAGAAGAAGUCCUCCGAGAAGAUCGACUCGACCAGCGAGUCGACCGAAUCCAUGCCCCUGGUCUGCAAGUCAGCGAGUGCGCAUAACCUGACGGCUGACAAGAAGCCCCUCCACCCCAGGACCUCUAUGCUGCAGAAGUCUCUGAGCGUCAUCGCCAGCGCCAAGGAAAAGACCCUGGGCUUGACCGCAAAGACCCAAAGCGUGGAAGAGGCUGCCAAGAAGGCCCACCAGAAACCGAAGGAGGCCAAGACUCCCGGGGACUCCGAAGAGAAGCUGGACAACUCCUCCAAGACGACGGUCAGCCAGCCGGCGGAGUACAAGCAGCCAGCGACCAAAACGGGCAUCAUGAAGCAGCCGGCCACUGGCAGCCAGUCCUCCAUCAGCAUGGACCCAGCCAAGGUCAAGGAGCUGUACGACCUCUCCGAGGUGUGUCCCUGGGAGCUGGAAGAUCUCCCCACCCCCUCAGAGAACAGGGUCCAGAAGCACGUGUCCAUCGCCCCUGACGAGACCACCACCAUCCAUGGCAAAGGCACGGCUGGCCCCAAGGCUCAACAGCAGCAGCAGCAGCAGCAGAAGAAGAAGGCUUCAGAGCCGUCCCCCGCCGGCAGCCGCAGGCCCAACCCGAAGUCGGCGGAGCGGGCAGACGUUUGUCCCUGGGAGGAGUCCAGCGAGAGCCAGAGUCAGGUGGAGGGGUCAAGGCCUGCUGCUCCCUCGGGCCAACCCUCUGGGCCCGCGGGCACGGCCGAGACUGCCAAAGCCCAGAAGGCAGACGUGUGCCCGUGGGACUACGAGGACGCUCCCGCCAAGUCCGUAGACGCUGCCCUGUUGGCGGACAAAGGCAGGGAUCGGGGCAGUGCCAGCCCUUCAGACGGCAAAAGGAAAGGUGCCACUCCCACUGACGUGAAGGGCAAAGGCAGUGCACCGGCGGAGGUAAAAAGCAGCGCCUCUGUGGAGGCCAAGGGGAAGAGUGCCAAGGGGAAAAGCGCUGCUGUGGUUCAGCCAGCAGCCACCAAGGUGGAUGUUUGCCCCUGGGACUACGAUACUCUCCCGGCCAAGUCUCCCGGCGCAGAAAAGACGCCCAGCCUCGCUCAGGUUUCUAAAACAAAAGAGUCCUCGACGAAAACAAAGGGGGCUUCUUCGAUGAGAACUCUGGAGAAAGAGGCUGAGAGGGAGCGAGAGAAGGCCAAGGAGACCGAUGACGACAAGAGUAAAGUGAAGGCCAAGGACAAGCUGCCCUCGGGCAAACCCACAGAAAAGCAGACAGGCCCAACGAAAAUGGCUGAGGUGUGUCCUUGGGACGUAGAGAGCUCUGAGGAAGUGGCGAUGGAGAAGCGGAGAAGUGGCCAGUCCGGGUCUGCCAGAAAACAAGCAGAUGUUUGUCCGUGGGAUUUUCAGGAGCCAUCGGACAGCAGAGGAAGCGACAAAAGUCCCGUUCCCUCGGUGACAAAACAGAAAAGUCCAAGUCCUAGAGUUGAUGUCAAAAAGGCUGAUGUGUGCCCGUGGGACUUUGAGGAUCCGACAUCAGGGAAAAAAGCAUGA